AUGACGUCGUUAGUAGCACCAUUACAGUUUAACAUAGUACAGUUUGACUUUUACAGGGGGUCCUACCCUAGAGAAAUCAAUCUGCCGUUCCUCAAGAAUCUCAGGUUGAAAUAUAUACUCUCACUUACGCCUGAACCGUUGACUAAUGAUCCAGUAAUGGCAAAAUUCUGUGAUGAGAAUGGAAUUGAGAAUAUCCACAUUCAAUGUUGUAAGAAGAAAGAGAAUAAAGAUAAGGAUAAGGAUAAGGAUAAAAGUACACCCAAAGUUAAAAAGAAGAAGAAACCUGUUCCAAUCGAAUACUCAGUUGUUAUAGAAUGCGUUAAGUUUCUCAUUGACAGGCGACAUUAUCCAUGUUAUAUGCAUUGUACUAACGGUGAAUUAGUUACAUCCCUGGUAGUGGCCUGUCUAAGGAAAUUCUCAUAUUGGAGUACGGUUUCAAUUUUAAAUGAAUUUCUAGCCUAUAAUUCGAGCAUUAAUAUACAUGAACGUAACUUUAUCGAACAAUUCCAUUCAGAAAUUGAGAUUGAUAACUUAAACCUAAAAGAUAAAGUACCAUGGAUUAGUUUACAACAUGUCGGAUGGAAUAAGGAAGAUAAAGUACAGAAUGCUGAAAUUACAAGAAUUAAUAGCGUUCCUGGUAUGUUACCCAAAUUAAAAUUUCAUAGUCUUUAA